AUGAACAAGAUUAGCACAGCUGCAUUGUUCGUUGGAUUCGGCCAUUUCUUUCAAAGGAGGAAGAGGCUUCUGAAGGAAACGUUUAGCAAGAAGAAAGUGGCUAUAACGGCUGCGACAGCACGUACAGGUGUUGGAUUUGACGAUUGGGGGUUGUGGUGA